AUGGCGAAGCGACUUGCGCUCUGCGGGGUCUUCUGCUUCGCGGCGGCGAACCGGCCCGUGGUGCUAGUCCCGGGCCUCACGGGGAGCGGGCUGGAGGUGAAGCAGCAUGCGGCCGCCAUGCCGCACUGGUACUGCAAGAAGGACACCCACGACAAGUGGAUGAAAGCCUGGGUGGACCCGGUGCAGGCUCUUCCUGGGGAGGUCGACUGCCUCAUCGCCCGGCUGACCUUGACCUAUGAUGCCGCCAGCGACACCUAUUCGAACCUCGCAAACGUGGAGCUGCGCGCGCUGGGCUGGGCAAACGGCACUGGUGCAAGUGGUUUGACCACUGUGAACAGCAGCUACGUCAACGAGAGCUAUGUCAACAGCGUCAACAGCGCGCAUGGUCUGGAUCUGCUCUACAGCUACGAGUUUGGGCCCAUGCUCAAGAAGCUUGAGUCUCGCGGGUACGCGCUGGGGAAGGACGUGUUCCUGGCUCCCUACGACUGGCGCCUGGCGGGAGAUGCCCACGCGCAGCGGAAGAACGGGGUGGGGGGGUACUACCAGCAGCUGCAGCAGCUCAUUGAGGAGAUCGUGGAGGCCAGCGGACAGCCAGCAGUCGUCCUCUCACACUCGCUUGGCUGCCCGACCAUGCUGCACUUCUUCCACCUCUACGUGUCCGAGGCCUGGCGUGCGAGGCACAUCCACGGAUGGCUGGCCCUUUCGGGACCCUGGACAGGAGGCGCCAGUCAGGUCAUGGCCUACCUGGGGGGCUGGACUUUGGGCUUGCCCAGCUGGCUGGUGCCCCAUGAUUAUGUGAGACCGGUCCAAGUCAACGCCUCUAGUGGGGUGUGGAUGACUCCGCACCCAAAGGGCUUUGGCAAUCGAACCCUGGUGGUGACCCCAUCGCGGAACUACACUGCCGCGGAUAUGCCAGACAUGGUGAAGCUGAUUGGCGGUGAAGGGUGGGGCCGCCAGACGGGGUCUCUGUUCUCCAAGCUGCAGCCUUCCCUUGCUGAGAUUCAAUCCCCCCCAAGUGGCAUGCACAUGGAGAGCUGGUAUUCCACCGGGGUCCCAACGAUCGAGGGCCUUGUCUACGACACGGACCUCUCCGAAGGAUUUAACCAGGCACCCAGCAAGACCAUUCGCGGGGAAGGAGAUGGUCUGGUGAACCUGGUGUCACUGAGCCAGGUCGAGAAAGUCUGGCCGAGCAGCACCACCACCCGCGUCUUUGCCAACUGCUCACACUUUGGCAUUCUCUCCGACCCACGGGUGCUGGAAGCACUGGUGGAGUACUUGAGCGAAAAGCCUGCCCCCGUCUUUGUGUAA